GGGAAGGGAAAGGGCGCGGGGAAAGAAGGUGGGAAGAAUAAGGGAAACAAAGACGUUGAGAUGGCCUCGACGGUUUUAGAGGUGCCGCCAGAAAUUAUUCAACCCUCCACCAGAGCCUUGAACUUGCGACCGCGACCGAAUGAGAAAGAACAGGGCGAAACAGUAGCAGAGAAGGACGGCGAAGAAGAACACGAGCACGCGGAGGAAGACCAGGCCGAGGGCAAGAAGAGAAAGCUGAAA